AAUGGGACUUUGGGCAUGGACACUAAAUUAAAUGUUAACACCGAAGUUUUGGACUUUAGUGAAAAGAGAAGGUACUCACUACAUAAAUAAUUAGGGUUUUGGUAAACAUACAUAAGAAUGCACAGAGCAUAAUCUAGAUCUAGUCAUUAUGCUGGAGGAUAGAAUGGGCCAAUAUAAUGCAUUGGACAAGAUUAAUUUGGAAAUAAAUAUUAUGAGGAUUUUGAUGUCACACGUAAGCAAUUUAUAGAAGUUGAUAGAUCGUAAUCAAAGAAGGUGGGUUGAAUAUAAUGACUACUUUAAUCCAUGGCACACUCUUGGGGAUAGAGUACCUCCUGUUUGGCAUGGUUGGAUGGCUCAUGUAUAUGAUGAAGCCCCAACUAGAACUGGUCAUUCAUAUUUUGUUCAGCCCUUCUAUUAAUAACCAGCUACAGACAAUUAAUCUCAUACUCCAAAUCACUACUUUCCAUAAGGAGCUAUGUAAAAUUUGAAUAGAUUGGAAUUCAUGUACUAUAAUAUAAAUAUUGUAUCUGUUUAGCAAGUAUCACAGAAAUAGAAGAGCAGCUCCAUUUGAACCUGGAUAAAUCUCAGGAUUUUAAGGAAAAAAAUUAGUUGUUGAAAAAUAAACAUAUUCAGAAGAUGUAAUGGUUAGUAGAGAAUGAUU